AUGCUGUUUUGGCCGCAUGUUCUUACCAAGAGCGUCUCACCCAGACUGAAAACUGCAGACAGCACUUCUCUCUCUGCAGGGCAGGGAGAACAGCGCCCUCAUGCGGUGAAGUGGUCAACACAGAGAUGCGACAGCGCUUGUGACCACUACUGUCUGAACAAAGGCCAGUGAAUAUUUCUGGUGGACAUCAAUGAGCAACACUGCACUUGUGAAAAGGGUUUUCACGGCCUCAGGUGUGCCAGUCCGGAGCUUGUCAUCCAGCCAAUGGGAGAAGAGCAGUUAAUUGUGACUGUCUUCUGUGUCAGUCUGCUGAUUAUCAGUCUGACCGGAGCUCUGUACUUCUGCUGUAAAUGGUGA